GGUGGAGAAUGGCAAGUCUGAACCCAUAGUUCCUGUGGCCAUGGAUGGGCCCGUCACUGCACCUGAUGGGGGUUGGGGCUGGGUGGUGUUGGUGUCCACCAUCCUGGUGCAAGCCCUGACUUUGGGCUUCUCCUCAUGCAUAGGCAUUUUCUACACGGACCUACAGACAGAGUUCCAGGUCAGCAACCAAGAGACUUUCUGGGUGCCUUCAAUAAUGACAUCAGUGCUUCAUGCUGGAGGUCCAUUCUGCAGUGUAAUGGUGGAGAGGUUUGGUUGCCGGACGACGGUGAUGGUGGGUGGGGUCCUGAGUGGUCUUGGAAUGGCGGCCAGUUCAUUUACCCACACCAUCACUGAGCUCUACGUCACAGCUGGGGUUAUUACAGGACUUGGAUUCUGCUUCAGCUUCCAGCCUGCAGUGACUAUUCUCGGGCACUAUUUUAUGCGGCGGCGGGCUUUCGCCAAAGCAAUGUCAUCCACAGGCACUGCCCUGGGCCUGUGCACCCUGCCCCUCCUGGGAAACUACCUCCACACUGAGCUGGGCUGCGGGAGCUUUCUGGUUCUGGGGGCCAUUCUGCUCAACUGCUGUGUGUGUGGAGCUGUGAUGAGGCAUCUGUGGAGCCACAGACAUCGUGGCCAGCCCCUGAUGAACCACGGGCCUCUUCAGCCGGAGGAGGAGAAGCCAAAGGGGAGUAUGAGGGCCUUGUGGGGUAGCCUGAAGGCCGCCUUGCACCAUCACAUGGCCUUUGACCUCUUAUGUAACAACCCGCGUUACCGCGUGUUCUCUGUGGGCAUCACUUGGAUGAUGCUUGGCUUCUUGGUGCCGCUGAUCUACCUUGUGCCCUACGCCACGGCCCAUGACAUGGAGCAGAGCCGGGCCGCCCUCCUCCUCUCCAUCCUGGGUAUCGUCAACAUCAUGGUGCGGCCGACCAGUGGCCUGCUCUUCAGUCUGCCCUGGUUCAAGGGGCGCUACAUCUACGUGUUCUCUGCUGCUGUGCUGAUCAACAGACUGAGUAAUAGUAUCUGCUGUAUCGAUGCCAGCUUCCAUGUGCUGCUGGUGUACGUGGUGACCUAUGGCCUGUCCAUGAGCGUGGUGGGCUCGCUGAUGUUCACUGUCCUCAUGGAUACGUUGGAUAUGAGUCGCUUCCCCGCUGCCCUGGGCCUGCUCGCCAUCAUGGAUAGUGUCAUGCUACUGAUCGGGGCCCCGCUUGCAGGAAUCCUGGUGGACAGAACUGGGGAGUAUUUGUAUGUCUUCUUCGCCUGCAGUGCGACUGUUGCCUCAUCGGCUGUAUUCCUCAUGGUGUCUUUCUACUGCCUGGACAGAAAGGUGCUAAAGGGGCAGCAGGUGCCACCGCAGGUCUCCCCACCAAAGCCUGCCAGUGUUCACAAUGUGGUCCCCCAGUGCCAGUACAGCAGUGUGCCCACCAAGGGGGACAAAGACAAGGCCUCAGACUCUGAGACUGGGGAUGUCAGCUGCCUGUGAACAGCGUCAUUGUCCAAACACAUACCCCAAACUCACAGAUGUAUAUUUCCUAUGAUUUUGUGAUUGUAUACCCUGUGCUG